GCGAUGGACAGGAGGCUCUCCGCCCCGCUCCCUCAUGGUAGUUGAAGUCCUUAUUUGGGUCAGAACGGUGACUUCUCCGGCUGCGUCAGAGCAAGCGGACUACACUUCCCAGAAGGCUGCGCGACCGCCAGGCGGCGUGGGGGCGGGACCUCACGUCAGGUACAGUCAUCCCAAGCCUGCUCCGCGGGACUGUGAUGGCCGGAGAGAUGACGAUCUUAGGAUCAGCUGUUUUGACUCUCCUGUUGGCUGGCUAUUUGGCACAACAGUAUUUACCGUUGCCUACUCCUAAAGUGAUUGGCAUUGACCUUGGCACCACCUAUUGUUCCGUUGGGGUGUUUUUUCCUGGCACAGGAAAAGUAAAGGUGAUUCCAGAUGAAAAUGGUCAUAUCAGCAUACCCAGCAUGGUGUCCUUUACUGACAGUGAUGUUUAUGUGGGAUAUGAAAGCUUAGAGCUGGCAGAUUCAAAUCCUCAAAACACAAUAUAUGAUGCUAAAAGAUUCAUAGGCAAGAUUUUUACCCCAGAAGAGCUGGAGGCAGAAAUUGGCAGAUACCCAUUUAAGGUUUUAAACAAAAAUGGAAUGGUUGAGUUUUCUGUAACAAGUAAUGAGACCUUCACCGUUACCCCAGAAUAUGUUGGCUCUCGACUGUUGUUGAAGUUAAAGAAAAUGGCAGAGGAAUAUCUUGGAAUGCCAGUUGCUAAUGCUGUAAUUUCUGUACCAGCAGAAUUUGAUCUACAACAGAGAAAUUCAACAAUUGAAGCUGCUAACCUAGCAGGACUGAAGAUCUUGAGGGUAAUAAACGAACCAACAGCCGCAGCUAUGGCCUAUGGUCUCCACAAGGCUGAUGUCUUCCAUGUUUUGGUGAUAGACUUGGGUGGAGGAACUCUAGAUGUGUCGUUACUGAAUAAACAAGGAGGAAUGUUUCUAACACGAGCAAUGUCUGGAAACAAUAAACUGGGAGGACAGGACUUCAAUCAGAGAUUGCUUCAGCACUUAUAUAAGCAAAUAUAUCAGGCAUAUGGCUUCGUCCCAGCUCGCAAAGAGGAAAUCCACAGGUUAAGACAGGCUGUGGAAACGGCCAAAUUAAAUCUGACUCUUCACCAGUCUUCCCAGGUGUCAGUGCUACUAACAGUGGAGGAAAAGGACAGGAAGGAAACUCAAAGUAGCGACCCCGAACUGCCAAACAACAGACUCUCCCCAGCAAGUGGCCAACAUGCGAGCAGUGGAUUUGGACCUGGCCUUUCUGGAAAGAAAAGUGGAGAAAGUCAGGUGCUAUUUGAAACAGAAGUAUCACGGGAGCUCUUCGAUGCCCUUAAUGAAGAUCUCUUCCGGAAAAUACUUGUACCCAUUCAGCAAGUUUUAAAAGAAGGCCACCUGGAAAAGACUGAGAUUGAUGAAGUGGUUUUAGUUGGGGGCUCUACUCGUAUUCCGCGAAUCCGCCAAGUUAUUCAAGAGUUUUUUGGAAAGGAUCCCAACACGUCUGUAGACCCUGACCUAGCAGUGGUCACAGGAGUGGCUAUCCAAGCAGGGAUUGAUGGUGGCUCAUGGCCUCUUCAAGUCAGCGCUUUAGAAAUUCCCAAUAAGCACUUACAAAAAACCAACUUCAACUGAAUUCUGGAGGAAUGAUUAUUUGUGAUCUUGUCUGAUGGUCUCUUCCCCUUUAUCAGACUACCUCCUCUAAAAAAGAAAGUGUCUAUCUAAAAUAUCUCAGAUUUACCUAGAAGGCAACAUUUAGAUACAGGAAAUUUUUACAUAGCAUUUUGUUUUAGUAUUAGACGUGAACAGAUUGAUCCUAUUUGAUUUUGGAAAGAUCCCAUUCCAACAAGUACUUCUGACCUGAUAGAAUUGAGGUAAAACUCUCUUAUAGGGGCAUGGGUAACUAUAUUUUCUGGACUCUGGAAGUAGGUAACCAUAUUCAUGUAACAUUAUAUUCUGUAAACAUUAAAUAGUGCCAAUUAUAAGAUUUCCAGUUCUUACUAAAUUGUAUUAGCAGGAGCUGGUAAUUUUUUUACUUGGUUACCACAUGUAACUAUAAAUUCAAACUAUACUUGAAGGACAGGAUUGAUGUCAGGUAUUCACAGUGACUGGGAGAUAGCAGUAUUGUCAAUGUAAGCUGCAUUCAUAAUAUUCAUUAACUGCCAUUUCAUAUAACAAAUUUACUUUCACAAAUUCAGUAUCCUGUUAUGUGUCAUAUUCUCAUAUCUGCAUUCUCCAGGUUUUUUAUGUAUUUAAUAAAAAUUCAGUGUGCUUUCUAAAGAUUUAUUCAAGAGUUUCACUGCCAGGUAGGAAAUAACCAAUUUAUAUUCUAGUUCUUUCAUGUCUUAUACAUCAUUUUCUGCUUGGAUUUCCAUGAUUCUCUUUGGUUAGAAAAUAAUAGGGAAUUAUUAAUUUCAUUUAAAAAAAAUGUGUUACUAUCACAUUAAAGCCAUCAUUAUCUUAUUUUUAUUAUUUAAGACAUUUGCAGACAUUGGUAAAUAGCAUUAAUUGCCUACUGUAUUUGUUGUGUGUUCUUGUUUAUUUAUAUAUACAGUAAACCUAGGGGAAUAUAGCAUGUAUUUGAGCUAUCAGAUGGUAAUUGAUUCCAUUUUGCGGAGUUUUCUGUUUGAAUGGGGAAAAUUGCUCAAUCACAAAAACCUUGUUAUUGUUUCCUAUUAUUAUUUUAAAAUAGUCACACAUGGACUAUUUUCAGCUAUUAAGUUAGUGUGCAACAAGAACAAAGUUUAGUGCAUACCAGAAGUAAUGUGAAAAUCAGAUGUAGAAGACAUUGUGGAAAAAUUUCAACAAAUCAGCAUUUGUAGCACAGUUGUGUGUGUGUUUUUUGUUUGUUUGUUUCCUGUAAGAAAAGCCACAGGGACCAAGAAAGAAAAUACAGUUGUUUGCUUUCUGCGUUACUCAUUUUAUUUGAAGAGAUAUGUAUACAUAUAUAUUUUCCCUAAUAGAGGAAAGCUUCAUAUUAUUAUUCAGAAAUUAUAUCCUAGUCAACGUUUUUGUUAAAAUAUGUCUGUUUUAUCUGAAUUUGAAAGGAUAGUGAAUUUCCAAUAAGUGAAAAAGAACUAAGCAAAUUUAUUUAAACAACAUCAAAACAUUUCAGCUUUUUGUAGUAAAAAGCUGAAUGUUACUAAUAUUUUUAGAUAUAAAAAAUGCUUCUUCACAAUGAAAUUGCUGUUAAAACUCAAAUUUCAAUCUAAGACUCGUGUGUACAGA